AAAUAUUUUUUUAUAAGAAAAUACAUCAAUUACAAGGAUGGAUCAUUCUAGAACAAUCGUUCACAUAGACCUUGACUGUUUUUAUGCUCAAGUGGAAGAAUUAAAAAAUACAGAAUUGAAAACAUUGCCGUUUGGUGUUCAGCAGCAAAAUUUUGUAAUCACAAGUAAUUAUAUUGCCAGGGAAUAUGGAAUUAAAAAGUGUAUGUUAAUUUCAGAAGCAAAAAAGUUAUGUCCCAACUUGAUAUUAGUCAGAGGUGAAGACUUACACGAUUAUAGACAAAUUUCUUAUAAAGUGACAAGUUUACUGCAGAAGUACUCUCAUUUAGUGGAACGUUUAGGUCUGGACGAGAAUUUUAUUGAUGUCUCUAAAUUGGUUAGUGAAAGACUACAAAAUGGGGCUGAAAUUAGUAUAGUUGGAAAUAUCUUUGGGGAUAUUAGCAGUUUAUGUGACUGUGGCUGUAGUGAUAGAUUAAAGGUUGGAACUGAAAUAGCUCAAGAUAUGCGUGAACAAAUAAAAAAUGAACUGAAUUUAACAUGUUGUGCAGGCAUUGCUCAUAACAAACUUUUAGCCAAAUUAAUAGGUAGUAAACAUAAGCCUGACAACCAAACUGUUAUAUUUCCCAAUAGUGCUGUUGAAUUAAUGUUGAGUUUAAAUAAUUUAUCGAAAAUUCCAAGUAUAGGACUUGCUCUUGGCAAACAGUUAUCUAAUAUGAAUAUUAAAAGUGUUAGUGAUCUCCAAGAAUCAGACUUUUUAAAGAUAAAAAAGUUGUUGGGGCCUGAAAAAGCUAAAACUGUUUAUGAUUUAAGUUUCGGAAUAGAUCCUAGUCCUGUGAAAAGUUCAGGUAAACCUCAAAGCAUUGGUAUAGAAGACGCAUGUAAAUCAAUAUCUGCCGAAAAAGAAGUGAAAGAAAAAUUGAAACAACUCCUGAACAGACUUUUGAUUUUAGUGGCUGAAGAUGGUCGUAUACCUAAGACGGUAAAAUUAACUGUACGAAAAUUUGAUAAAAACAAUAAGGUUAGUACCCGAGAAACAAGACAGUGUAACAUUAACACAUCGUUAUUCGAUAUAAAAAGUUUAUCAAAACUGUCAGAGAGUAAUGAAAACAAAUUAAUGACCACUAUCAUGAGACUGUUUACCAAAAUAGUUAAAACUGAUAAACCAUAUCUCAUAACAUUGUUGGGUUUAGCGUUUACCAAAUUUCUUGAAAAACCUAAUGAAAAAAACAGCACAUUAACCAACUUUUUAAUCAAAGAUAUAGAAGUGCAGUCUGUAACAAACAUUGAAAAUUUAACUUUUAGCAACACUACCCCUGAUAUUUUACCUUCAACAUCAUACGUGGAAAACCCUGAAGCAGAACCGGAACCAUCUCCUAAAAAAUGCAAAUUUAGUAAUUUGAUAGCAAAAAAACGAUUUUUCAAAGAGCAAGAUGACUGUGCUUCUCCAUCUAAGUUAAAAGUUGCCGAACUGAGGUUAAAUUCAACUGAGAAACCUACGGACACAAAUCAAAACAUUUGCUGUCCCCCAAAUGCCAACAAAGAAGUAUUUCAGGAACUGCCUAAGGACAUACAACAAGAGUUGUGGGAGGAGUAUAAACAGAGUAGAGAUACAGACAGAGCAUGUUCGAGUAACUUGAAAAAAUCCAAACCAAACAGUAUAUUAAACUAUCUCGUAAAGCAUUAGCUUACAAGUUCUUAUCCUUUUCUGCUGAAGAUAUAGAUUUUAAACAUUAAAAUUAUAGUGUGACAGAUAUAAUAUGUGAUAUGUACUUUUUAUAUACAAUGUUAAUGUUAUUGCCACAUAUUUUAUUUCAGUUCAAAAAAAUGCAACGCGUACUAGCCAUUUUUUAUUGAAUUUGUUAUAUUAAGUUCUUUAUGAUCUAACUAAUUUCUAACAUAUGUAAGUAUACAAAAAAUAAAUAUAUUUUAUGUACAGAAUGAUCGCUAUAUCUUGGCUUUUUUUUCAAUUAAAUGGAUUAUUUAAAUUUUGAA